UACGAUUUGAUAACAUUCUGGGCGAGGCUACGUACAGUGAAUAUCUCGGAGUUUCCAAAUCGGAGCACGUCCGCUUUAGCGGGUUAUCGCGCGUUGACCUAGAUCUACAUUCGCCGCUUGGCUAUUUUCGUACGCGGACGGACCCCGUUGGUCUAACGGAAGUUUACCGGGACGCCAUGGAUUUUUCCUCGGACUGCUGCGGGCUUCCGGGCCGACGGACCCAGUGGGUCGUCUCGGCGCUGGCUCACCACUACGGGUUCGACCGAGGCGUCGAGAACGAGGUGGUGGUUCUCGCUACAGGAAUGGAUCAGUACAUACAGGAAAUUUUUCACCAUCUGGACGAAAAGGCCUCGGGGACAGUCGAGCGGGAGGACUUCGAAAUCCUGUGCCAGAUUCUGGGACUAGAGACCAGGCUCUCCGUCUUCAACGAUCUUCCUGACACGAUAGACUUCCGCGUGUUCCACUCGAAGCUGUGCGAGUACUUCUGUACCAAGACCGGGAGCGACACGUGCAGACCUCACGUCUGUAAAGACACGGAACUGAUAGAAACAGAAAUUCACGUACGGAGUCCCACCAACAGGCGAGAAGUUUCCCUCUGUCCGAAAUGUUUCUGCUCUAAACCGACCAGAGAAAGGUGUCUGGGGCGGCCGGUGGGGCAGGAGAAGGAAGAGGAAGGGAUGGAGACAGCAGAAGAACAUCUGGAGAAGGCCAGGAAGCGCGUGGUCCAGCUUGAGGAGGAGGCUGACUGUCUGAGGGAGGUUGUGGAGGAUUUGAGAGGAGCGCUACAGACGAGUGACGCCCGGUCACUGGCCUUACAGGUGGCGCUACGAAAAGCGCAUCGGCACCACCCGGAGUGCUGCCUCAGGACCGGGGCGACCGUAACGUCCCGGCGGGCGGAGAGGAGGGGUGCCGCCGCCGGGGCCAGCAGGGCGGCCCGGUCCCGCAGCGCGGACGGCAGAGGGUACGAGAGCUGGUCGCUCCCGCGGCGCGGCAGGACCGCAGACAGGCUGAGGGCGGCACGGAGGGACCAUCGGGAGGACGACACCGAGUGGCUCGCAGGCGAAGUCUCCCGACUCAUCGACACCCUACCGCACUCCCCACGGGAAGUCGGCGCGAUGCUACGCGAACUGAAGACCAUCCGUGCGGCCCGCGACUCGCAGGUUGGCGAGGCCAUGGCCUGGGCGGAGACCCUGCAGGAGGAUCUGGACGGCUCGCGGUCCGCUCUGAGGGACAUACAGGUGCUGAACGAGUCACUCGUCAGGCAGAAACAGUUCAUACAGGGUGAGUUGGAGAAGGCGCGCACAGCCCUUCGGUUCGGUCUGGAGAAGGUGCGUGACCUUGAGGCGCAGGCGACGCAGGUUCCGCUGCUGCAGGCCAAGGUCAUGGAGCUGCAGAAGCAGCUAGACAUCUGCCGGGCCGGUCGUGGGGAGUUGGCCUCCAUGAAGGACCAGCUGACCUUGGAGGUGGGGUACCAUUCCGACCAAUCAGAGCGCAGAUCGCCUGCCGGGCACUCGGAUGUCUCCACUCCUGACCAAUCAGUGUCAAGCGGAUGCAGUGAGGAACAGUUGUUCAGAGCAGUGGAAGGGAGAGCAGCCUCGGAUGAUGGUAACGCCUGGGUGGAGAAGCGAGGGAUGGAGGGAAUGGAGGAAGAGGAGGAGGAGGAGGAUGUACAGAAGAUGAGUAUGGAGAAGCUGGCUGCGUGUGUGGAGCAGCUCAGAUACAGGCUGAAGGAUGCUGAGGGGGAGAAAAUCACAGUGGAGGAGCAGCUCAAUGAGUUUAAGAGCGAGGUUUUGAUGGAGCUCCACGAGAAGUCGACGGACAUCGACAAGAUGCAGCUGGAGCUCCGUUGCCUGGAGACGGAGAGAGUCCGCCUGUCAAUCAUCGAGGAAAAACUCAUCGACAUCCUGGCCGUCAUGAGGACACUGCGCCUCAUGCAAAUUUCCCGGCGCUCGAUGGGAAAGCUCGUGCUGGACAGUGUCAACAGCAGUGAGAAACCUCAACAAGAUGGAGAAGGAGUGAAGGAGUUCCUGUCUGCUCUGUAUGAGAACCUGAAGCACUGUGACCUUCUGUUGUCUGGGCAGGACUGUCAACACAACACUUCCAACAACUUACUCGCUGUGUACGGAUAAACAACAAGCAACUUCUAACAACCUACUGGCCGUAUACGGAAAAAAAUGUUAGAAAACAUCACAAAUGUAGAUAGGGCCCAGUCACAUACAUUUUGCAAUUGUCAUACAAGCACAAACUGAGGGAAUUCUUGUGAUAGUCAUGCUACCUUACAUUAUUGGCAGUUGACUGUGUCACAAUGUUCUAUGGCACCAAAAUCUUGCAACAAUUUAGUACAAUGAAUGUGGCGGUGCCAUCAACAUUUUUGUAGGAACAAAAACAACAUAAUGGCUUGUUCAAAGUUUUACCAGCAAUGCUGGUUGGGUCCAAUGUGAGUCACUUGACAUGUAUUAAGUCACUUUUCAGUAAGUGUGUUGAGCACCAGAGGUUAAAUGUGUGAGAGGCCAAAGAAGGGAAUGAGAAAGCAUGAAAAAGAGGAGUUUUUGGAAUGAAGAAAGGGACCUAAGAGCCCUGCUCUGUCUUCAAGAGCAUGAGAAUGACUUUGUUCAGGAGAAAAUGUGGGUAUACAGUCAUGGUGGAUAGAGUUAAGAAAUGGGAGGCAUUUUGUUGUCAAGGAAUUGUACAUUUAAAUUUGUUAAUGAUCAUGAUGAAAUGGAAGAUAAGGAUAUUUGUUCCCAAUAUGUUUUAGCUCAUUGUACAUGAGUUAGGAAACUGGAUGCCUGUCUGAAGAUUUGGAUGAAAGUUUGAUACUCUGAUACAGAAUGAAGAAGAUUGUACUUGUUUCUGAUUGUGUUUUUAUGUAUUACAUGAAUGUGAGGAGAUAUGUUUGAACAGAAAGAUGUGUUUGUUAUGAAAGCUGAUGUCUGAAAUGUAAAGGAGGAAGUACAUAUGUAUGUAUGUGUAUGAUAAGUUUCCAGAGAACUUGAACGAUGAUGUAAGAUGUAAAAUUCAUAACUUCCUGGUGAAGAUGUGAUGCCUUAGAUUCAAUCUUAGUGAUCUGUACAGUUGGGAGGGGACUUGGAAAACUUGUGAAAAUUCUGUCAGCUGAUAUUUUUGAGAAUGAGAGUGUAAUGUUAGAGUGAAAAAAUGGAGAGGGCAGGGCCUAUACAUAACACACAGUUACAUGUUGUCAUGCCAAAUAAUGUGUAUUAUUACAAAAUUCCACCAUGCAGGUCACUUACUAGUUAUCUGCUGAAAAAAGUCAAAUUAGAGACCUCAAAAAAGAAUGCAAUACCACCCAGUAUAACUUGCACUCCUAUAUAUCCAGAACACUAGAAAUCUCUCAAACAUGCUGUUCAAAGUCGCAGAUACAACCUGUAUAUGUAAUCUGGUGAAUAAAUGUUAAUAGGUUACAUGUAGGAAUCUGCCAUUCUUUAAUGGUGGUCGUAUGCAUACAUACUACCAAGCAAAGAAAUGUAACUAUGUUUUUUUUUGUCAGCAAAGCUUUUAAACACACUUGUACAACACAUCAAUUAGGCAUUUAGAACCCUCAUGUCUAAGACUCUAAUUAGCUAAGAAAUAUGAUAGCUUCGUUAAUGCCAGGCAAGUCUGUACUUAAUUAAGGCACUGUACAUAUGAUAUUGAGCUGUGGAAAAGGAUUUGUAAUUGAGAAAUCGAUCAACGUUGGUCACGAAAAAUGGAGAAUAUGUCAAAACAUAGUUUUGUAUUUAUUUUUAGUAGCUACGUAUUAAGCAAUACUAUUAUCCAUUAUAGCAAAUAACUAACCGAGUUACACCCAUAACUUAACAUUAUUGUCGUUAUUCAACAAGAAAUAUAAAUACCUUGUACUAAUAUCUCUAAGAGUACUAACAUCCAGUAUAUAAUAUACAGUCAAGUAUUGAGACCUGGACUCUUCCAGCAUUGAAUAUCGGUGACAUUACAAUGUAAUUUCCUUCACUUAUUCACAAUUUGAAAGCAAUGUUUACAAU